AUGGAGGGUGCAAUCAUCAGCUUGACCGAGGGCGCCGUGCGAGGCCUCCUGUGCAAGCUCGGCGGCCUCCUCGCGCAGGAGAGCUGGCCGGUGCAGCGCCUCCACGGCGAGGUCCAGUACAUCAAGGACGAGCUCGAGAGCAUGACCGCCUUCCUCCGUAGUCUGGCCGAAUCGUCCGACGGCCACGACGACCAGGUCCGGGUCUGGGUGAAGCAGGUGAGGGAGAUCGCCUACGACGCCGAGGACUGCAUCGACGACUACGUCCGCGGCCGCCAGCCGUUCGACAGGGACGGCGGCGCCGUCAUGGCGUCCCUCCGCCGCUUUGUCCGUCUGCUCGCCACGCUAGGAUCAGGCGGUGGUGGUCGCCGUCACCGGCGCAUGGCGGCCCAGCUCCAAGAACUGAAGACUCGCGCCAGGGACGCCGGCGAGCGGCGUUCCAGGUACGGGGUGCUGCCGCCAAAGACGGCGCUCGGGCGUGCCAGCAGCCACGCGUCCAGCUCCGGCGUCUCCGGCCGCCUGGACCCGCGGCUGCACGCCCUCUUCACCGAGGAGGCGCAGCUGGUGGGCAUCGACGGGCCGAGGGACGAGCUCGUGGGCUGGCUGAUGGAGGACGACGCGCGGCUCCGGGUGCUCGCCGUCGUCGGGUUCGGUGGGCUCGGCAAGACCACGCUGGCGAGGAUGGUGUGCGAGAACCCGCGGGUGAAGAGCGCUGACUUUCAGUGCUCCCCGUUCCUCAUCGUGUCGCAGACGCUAAACGUCAGGGCGCUGUUCCUGCACAUGCUCAGGGAACUGAUCCAGCGGCCGCGCCUGGCUGCCGGCGACGAUACCAUGGAUGAUAGCUUGCACGGGGCGGAGAGCUGGGAAACGGCGCUGCUGGCCAACAAGCUCAAACUUUACCUGCAAGACAAAAGGUACAUUGUGAUUCUUGAUGACAUAUGGACUUCAUCAGCAUGGGAGAACAUCAGAUGUGUGUUUCCUGACAAUGAAAAAGGAAGCAGAAUUAUAGUGACCACCAGGAACGAGGAUGUCGCUAAUACAUGUUGUUGUCAUUCCCAAGAUCGGAUUUACAAAAUUCAACGCCUAUCUGAGAUUGCAUCACAUGAGCUAUUCUUCAAGAGGAUCUUUGGCUUAGUAGAUGGAUUGCCAAACAAUGAGUUGGAAGAAGUUUCAAAUGUCAUACUCAAGAAAUGUGGGGGGUUACCAUUAGCCAUAGUCAGCAUUGGUAGCCUUCUCGCUAGCAAACCAAACAGAACCAAACAAGAGUGGCAGAAGGUUUCUGAUAACUUGGGCUCUGAACUUGAAAUAAAUCCAACUCUGGAAGGGACAAAGCUAGUCUUAUCUUUGAGUUACAAUGAUCUGCCAUACCAUCUGAAGGCUUGCUUCUUGUAUCUAAGUAUCUUUCCUCAAAAUUAUGUGAUCAAGAGGGGACCUUUGGUGAGAAUGUGGAUAGCCGAAGGAUUUGUCACCGCAAAACAUGGACUUAGUAUGGAGGAGGUUGCUGAAAGAUACUUUGAUGAGUUCGUCGCCAGAAGCAUGGUGCAUCCUGUGAAAAUUGAUUGGAGUGGUAAGGUGAGAAGCUGUCGAGUUCAUGAUAUAAUGGUUGAAGUCAUCAUGUCCAAGUCACUUGAGGAGAACUUUGCAUCCUACUUCUGUGAAAAUGGAACCACACUGGAUUCCCAUGACAAAAUCCGGCGCCUCUUCUUCCAGAGCAGUAGCCACUUAGUGCAGAGAACAAGUGCUAGUGUAGCUCAUGUUCGCACAUUUAGAAUGUCACCUUCCAUGGAGGAAAUCCCAUUCUUCUUCGCACACUUGCGGCUGUUAAGAGUGUUGGAUAUGCAAGGCAGUAGCUGCUUGAGCAACAAGGAUUUAGACUGUAUCUGUAAUUUUUUCCAACUGAAAUACCUAAGCCUCAGAAAUACCAGUAUUUCCAAAUUGCCGAGAUUCAUAGGUCAUCUAAAUUACUUGGAGACACUAGAUAUCAGAGAAACACUUAUCAAGAAGCUACCAAGUAGUGCCAAGAGCCUGGUACGUUUGAAGCAUUUGUUAGUUGGACAUAAGACACAUCUUACUAGGACAGGUAGUGUGAAGUCCUUUAGAAGAUCCUCUGGUCUAGAAAUGACACCUGGGGUUCUCAUGAACAUGGCAUCCCUUCAAUCAGUAUGCCAUAUAGAGAUAAAAAAGGACCCAUCAGUGUUCCAGGAGAUAAGCUUGUUAAGAAAUCUAAAGAAGCUGAAUGUUCUCUUCCAUGGGGUAGAGGUAAACUGGAAACCUUGUCUGGAAUCAUUAAGCAAUUUGCCAGGAUCUGUGCGCUCGCUUUCCAUUCAAAUAUUUGAUGGAGAUGGAAGCAUCUCAUCGGAGGAAAUGCUAUCUUCAGUGGAGUCACCCCCUCUCUUGGUUACAAGCUUUGGCCUGACGGGCAAGCUGGAGCGCUUGCCUCUGUGGGCAGCAUCACUUAGAAACGUCUCGACGUUUACUCUUCGCAACAACGGGCUCCACGCCGACGCCAUAGACGUCCUUGGAGACCUGCCAAGUCUGCUCUGCCUCAAGCUGUAUCACAAAUCAUAUGCCGAUGACUGCCUCAUAUUCCCGCAGGGUAAAUUUUUGAAAGUCAAGCUAUUGGUUAUUGACAACUUGGAGAACAUUGACAAGGUGUGCUUCAAGGAUGGUUCUGUGCCGUGUCUUGAAAGGCUUACAUUGUCAUUCCUACGGGAACCCAAGCACGGGAUCUCUGGUCUUGAGAACCUUCUGAAGCUGAAGGAGAUAGAGUUCUUUGGUAACAUCUAUUCCUAUCGGCCGUUGUUAGGAGCUAGGGUUCAGGCUCCUCUAGAUCGUAGGUGGUAGGGAAAGGAGGGAGCGGGGCGUGGGCUAGAACGCGGC